AUGGGAGAAAGUAUGUAUAUAGAAGAAGCUCUUCAAGAUGUCUUAAAAGAGACGGAUCUAAUAAACUUCAAACGAAAACUCUGUGUGGAAUUACAGUUAUCACGUCUGGAGCAUUUUGAUCAUGUUACCGAUGAUGAAUUAAAAUCAUAUACGGGUAUAUCGCAACCUGCCAUUCGUCGUUUGCGAGUUGCAAUUGCGAAGAAAAAAAAAAGUAAAAAAUCAAAAGGGAUUUUUUCAUCUAUUGGAAAAAAAGAAAGUCGUGAAGUUACGAAGGUUCUCGUUCCAACUAUAGAUACAACAGAACUGUUGUGGACCUUUCCCGAAAAUGGUGGUACUUCGCUGAUUGUUAAAGAUGAGAUAAAAUUAAUGGAACGGCUAGGCGAAGGGUCAUUUGCGGUUGUUAAGCGUGCUUUGUGGACGCCGAAAACGGGACGAAAAUUAGAUGUUGCUGCCAAAAUUUUACGUGAUUCUACACCAGAAAUAAUUGAAGAUUUGCAGCGAGAAGUUACGAAUAUGCAAAAAUUAAAACAUCCAAAUUUAAUUCAGCUCUAUGGGAUUGUUUUUUCAAACCCAGCUAUGAUGGUGGUUGAAUUUUGUGAUGGUGGUGCGUUGAUUGACCGGUUGCGGUCAACUCAAAAGCCAGUGAUCCUGGUUUCAAUGUUGAUUGAUUAUGCGCAGCAAAUUGCGAAGGGUAUGGCUUAUUUGGAAUCAAAGAACUGUGUGCAUCGUGAUCUCGCAGCACGAAAUGUUUUGUUAACAAGCAGUGAACGUGUUGCUAAAAUAUGUGAUUUUGGUUUGAUGCGAGUACUGGAGAACAAUGAAAGACUUUAUGUUAUGUCAACACAGAAGAAAGUACCGUUUGCGUGGUGUCCACCAGAAUCCCUGAGGUAUCGACAGUUUUCACAUGCUUCUGAUGUGUGGUCUUUUGGUGUGACAUUAUGGGAGUUAUUUUCGUAUGGCGAAGAACCGUGGAUCGGUCUUCGUGGAGCUGAGGUACUCACGAAACUAGAAGCUGGUGAACGAUUAGCGAAACCACGAAGAUGUUCCGACGAAUUAUAUGAUUUCAUCUCUACAUGCUGGUCCUUAGAAACAAAUUUAAGGCCAAAAUUUAGUGUUUUAAAAGGCCUACUUUCCGAGAUCAUGUUUAUGGUAGCUGAAUGUCGCGAAGCUUCUGUACUGUCACGGGAUAUUGAUUUAGAAUUGGUUGUUAAUGAUCUUGUUAUCAUCAUUCAUGGAAGUGGUUUGAUUUGGUAUGGACAGAAUGUACGCACGCGGAAAUUUGGUUCAUUUUACCGUUCAUCAGUACAUUUGCGAAAUGAAGAAGGAAGUGCUGUACCGAUCAUUAAUCCGUUGCAGCAACAAAAUGGAAUAGAUACUUAUAUUUCUAAACCAGUACCAGGGUCAUUUAUACAUGCUGGACAUGGUGACAUAAAUGUUGAGCGGUCUUGGGGUCAACCGGAUUACAUCGAUGAUAUAUAUUUGAAAAACCCUAUUCUGAGGAACGAAGAAUCUGCUUGCGGAAGUGCCCAGAAACAUUUUGGACCAGAAAUAAUUCCUUCUCUCGUUGAUUUAAAACCACCUUUGUGGGUCCAAAAUGAAUCCAAAAAGAAUGGCAGUGAUUCAUAUAUCGAUCCAUUUGCACCGUUCACUACUUACUCUUUUGAUGGUGUGAACGACAAUGAAUCAUGCCAGCCUGGCGAUGGUAUGACGAAACUUUUAUCAUCCUCUUUGGCAUCAAAUUUUUAUGAUGAACCACCAUCGAUGUCACAUGCGCAGGAUAUAACGUAUUCGCCAUCCGGAGCUUCCCAUUUGCCAGAACCAACUAUAUCCAAUUUUGAUGUUUCGACUAAUACUCCGCUUGAUACAGCGACAACCGAUGAAAAGCAGUUUUCAUCUUUGCCACUUCGAUCAACAUCUGACGUUGCAUCAUGCAGCCAGAUGCAACGAUCAUCAUUUUCUGGUGCUGAUAUUACAAUGCAGACGUCGCUGCAGUCUCUCACAACUGUGCAGUCAUUUUCUGCUUCCCAGUUACCUUCUACGUCGCAGGAACAUUCCCAGUCUUCAUGUAAUUUGCAAAAUAAAUCAGAAGGAAAAUAUCAGAGUGAAAUUGAUAAAAAUCGGAUGCAGAACGGAAAAAUACCACCUCCAAGACCGAAACCACCAAACUUCAAACAGAUAACGGAGAAUAAUAUUCAGUGGAGCACGAGUUCUUUAGUAGCAAAAAAUGUGUCAGAUACUUCCACUUCACAUGACGCUAACCAAAAUGCGAAUCAAUCAACUUCCAUGCAUUCCGGAAUAGUUACAUCUAAUAAUACUUCGUAUAGCCAAGACAGUUUUGAUCCUUUCGAGAUUUCAAAGACUGUGAAAGACAUUGCCAGUAAAGGAGGUUACAGUCAACUGUUCAAAGAUCUUUCUACAUCUGCUAAAGCUGUUUCAUCUAUUUCGCUAAAUACAACUUAUCAGAUGGGACUGAAAGAAUCUCGUAGUCCUAAUAAGCUGUCAAGACCAUCAACAGUGUUACUUAACAAUGAGCAGUUAUCAAACAAUGUUUCUUAUUUUUCAUCGUCAUUAUCAGGAUUAGUGAAAUCUCCGCCCGAAAUAGGAACAUGCUACUACUGGCAACCAGGUGUUGCUGAAUCGUCCAUACCGCAGCGAUCUUCUUUGUCAUCAGCUUAUGGAAGUGUCCGAUUAAAUUCAAGUAAACCGACGGUAAGUGAAGCAUCUCUUUCUUCACAUGCAAACAAUAGCUCUCAUGUGAAUUCUUCGAAGCAAAGGAAUUCUUACUUAAGUGACGAAAUUUUGGGUAUGUUCGAUCCAUUAGUUGCGGAACGAGUAAUCCCUGGUUCCACUAAUGUCUCAGCUUCGUCGAUAUCGAACUCUGAUCGUGUUAACGCAGUUUUAAGAAACGCGGCUUUUGCGGACAGACGGCGAUGUGCAAUAAAACUGCAACGAUAUAACAAUAACAUUGAAAAAGCUGUGAUCGAAUUGAAAAUCGAGGAGUUAUUGUCGAUGGGUAUAGCACACGAUAGAGGUCAAGCAAUCAAUGCAUUACAAGAUUGCCGAUGGGAUCUUAAUGCAGCAGCAGCAGCAUUAAUAUCUUGA